AUUUUAUUAAAUUUUUUUAAUUCAGUGUUUCAUAAUAUGUUUCAUAAUAUGUAAUGUUAGAUCUAUGUUCUACGUUAUCUAUGGUAAAAAUUACAUGAUCGUAUUUUACUUAGUCACAUGAUCGCAUAAUAGCGUGGUCACAAAGUUAUAUGAAUGAAUGUACAGGUAUAUAAACAAUUAAUUUUUAUUAUAGAGAUAUUUUAUGACAUUUAAAAAAGAAUGGCUUUACAAAAUUGUACGAAGAUAGCGAUUGGAUGGUUUAUAUCUGCUGGAAUAGGAGUAUAUGCUUUUUCAAAAGCAAGAAAAAAUAUAAAUGCAAAAAGAUAUAAAAAUAUGAAAACGAGACAGUUCCAGAUUUCUAAUAAUAAUUAGACUUAUUUGUGCAUUUAAAUAACUGUAAAAUAAUAAUUGAUAAUUGUCUGAAAAAUGGCUGGAUUACCUCAAUUUAGUGAAGAACAAUUGAAGUUAGUACGAGACAUAGAAAUAGAAAUGAUGACUGAUAUGUUUCAUCGUAUGACAGCAGCAUGUCAUAGAAAGUGUAUUCCACCAAAGUAUACUAGUUCAGAAUUAAGUAAAGGUGAAUCUGUAUGUCUUGAUCGUUGUAUUGCUAAAUACUUGGAUGUACAAGAACGUAUUGGAAAAAAAUUACAACAAAUUUCUUUGCAAGAAGGCAAAAUUGUAGAACAACCAAAAUUAAGUUAAACAAAAUAAAAUAGUUUAUUAAGAGAGA